GCAUAGCCCACGGCCACAUUACAUACAUGCAAAACAAGGGCCGACCGGCCUAGGCAAGUUGAAAAUGUACCGUUUGUCGACCUAUCACCUACCCCAUGUGCCCCACAUGAAGGGUCUAAUGCUUCCCCUGUUUCCCAUUCCCUUGCCUAUGAUUUGACCGAGUAAAGAAGACACCGCGUCCUUCAAAACUAAAUAGCCUCCGUUUAUCAAAACCCCAGACAAGCUCCCGAAACAGUCAUCACAUCAAACCGCACCGUAUAGCCAUGAAAGUCGCUACAUUUUUGUGUCUAACAGUAACUGCGCUCAUGAUCACUGCAGCCGCAUCGCAGACGCCUCCAACUGCUUAUACCAACCAUACUGUCGGCGGCAAUGCCGGCUGGUUCUUCAAUUCCACCACUAACAUCUCCGCCGCUAACUAUUCAUCUUGGGCUGCUACGCAGACCUUCAAUCUAGGGGACUUCCUCAUUUUCAACACGAAUUCGAAUCAGACGGUGAUCCAGACCUACAACGAGAGCACAUUUAAGAGCUGCACAACGGACGAUGCAUCGGAUAAUGAUACGAUCCAGUACGACGGUGGCAGCAUGGUGUUUGGUGAAGCGUUGAUCAUCCCUGUGCCGUUGACUAUCAAAGGUCCAAACUAUUUCUUCUCCGAUGCUGAUGACGGCACUCAGUGCCAGCGUGGUCUGGCCUUCGAGAUCCAAGUCAACCAGGGCCUUGGCUUGCCGCCCAGCCUUAACCAGCCGCCACCGCCUCCUUACAUAGCGCCUCCUGGUCCGGACUCCGCUCAGUCCCCGCCUAUUACUAUUCCGGGAGGAUCGCAGGCGCCUGGCAACUCCGGGGUUAAGGAUGGUGCUAAUGUGCGUGGUGUUGCGUGCGCCCUUCUGUUUGGUGUUGCUAGCUUUUCUUUGUUCUAGGCUUUAGCAUCGCACGCAGUGUAGAGUUGUGGGGUUCCUACGUGUUGUUUGGUAAUUUGCGUAGACGUGUGAAUGCAGGGGGCACUUUUUGGCUCUUCCCACAGAUAAUCAUACUCUGGAUGGAUUACAGAACCGGUGCUCCUGUUAAUGUUUUACUUGAAACAAAUGAAAGGGAUACAUAGUUUCUUUUUUCUAUUA